CAUAACCCGAACGCAGACAUCUGUCACACGCCUGCGCUAAAUUUGACAUUUCUCUGACACUUCCACUUUCGAUUAUUACACGAUUUAUGUGGAAAAAAGAUUAACAAAACACCAGCUGACAACAAAGAAAAACCAACUCAAUAACCAUGAACAGUUUAGGUUCGGAAUGUAAUGAAUUAAAAAAACAAUACGAUGCAUGUUUUAAUGCUUGGUUCUCUGGACGAUUUCUCCAUGGAGACACCGAUGAUUCGGUGUGUUCUUCAAUAUUUAAAGUUUAUCAAGAAUGUGUUAAGAAAGCAAUGCAAGAACAUAAAAUUGAAUUUCGAGAAAUCGAAGGAGAUUACACAACCGGCGAUUUCAAGUCCUCUGACAAAACAACGAGCUGACCUGAAAUCUCUACCACAACUGAAGCCUCAGCUGAAGCAUCAUUAACAAAUAGACGACGAGUCAGUAGCAUUUAAGAAAUAUUAUUUUUUUUAGUUUAUUUUGUUCAAAUUCCAAUGCACUCUUUUAGUUGUUGUUUUUUGUGAAUUUAUGGAAGAACAAAGUAAUAAAAAGAAGUCUAAAGUGUUGCUCUCAAGCAGUUUUAUGUAUUUUAAAAAGUUUUAAACAUAAAUAAAAUGUACAUACUACUCUUAUCUAUAUAAA